AUGACAGAACCUCCAACUCCUAAGGAAGGGACUGAAAAUAGUGAAGAUUAUAUCUGGGUUCAAGAAUUAUUAACUCAGGAUGGUAAACAAUGGAACGUGACUAUUGUGCAGCAACUGUUUGAAACUGAUACUGCACAUCUUAUUCUGAAUACGAGAAUACCAAUAGUUGCUGAGGGUAAGCUUGUUUGGAAUCUCACAAGAAACGGAAACUUUACCCUUAAAUCUGCCUAUAAAAAGCUCCACGAGAUAAGUCUGGGUGACACUGAAGUCUCAGUUAAUAUUCAGAACACAGAAAUACUAUGGAAAGAGCUAUGGGAUAUCAAAAUAUGGCCGAGAGUACAACAUUUCUGGUGGAAGUGUCUUGCUAACAUUUUACCAACAAACGAGAGACUUUCGAUAUCAUGCAGAUAUAUCAGUAAAACCUUCCCCCUUUUCAACCAGCACGAUGAAGGUGUUAUGCAUGUUUUAUUUACAUGUCCUUUCUCAAGAGCUGUUUGGAUGAUAAUACCUGGUGGAUCGAGUGUUCUAACAUGGGUACUCACUGAUACAAACUCAAUUUUUGAAUCCUGGAUGCAAUCAGCUCAACAAGAUAGUUCACAAUCUAAAUGGCUACACUUGGCCAUGAUAGUAGCAUGGACAAUCUGGAAUGAAAGAUGCGAAGUGCGGUUUCAACACAAGCAGGCCAAUCCUCAAACAACUGCAAGGAGAGCUAUAAGCUUUGCUAGCUACAUAAAGAGUUUAUAUGCAAAGCAGGAACCUAAUAAUUUUGUUGUGCAUUAUAACACAUCAUCUAGACACUGGAAACCACCUGCACCACAUUUUAUUAUUAUAAACUGUGAUGCUUCGUAUGAUAUACACACUGGACUAACGGGUAUUUCCCUCAUUCUACGUGAUUUUGCAGAACAAUGGAGGGGAAGCUCUGCAAAAUGCUAUGCAGGAGUAAAAGACUCAGAACAAGCGGAAUGUCUGGCAUUCUUCGAGGCUGUCAAAUGGAGCAAGGAGUUACAACACACACACGUAGUCCUGGAAACUGAUUUGAAAUGA